AUGAAGAGGUGCACCAAGCUUCUGCAGCCUUUGGGCUCGAAUGCACCAGGCAGUGUCAGUUCUUUGAAACUACCCGCUAUUAACUUGCCAAAUUUUGAAGGUGACUACCUUAAGUGGUCAUCAUACAGGGAUAUGUUUUUGAGUCUCAUCAUGAAUAACAAUUCAAUUGAUGACGUUCAAAAACUUCACUACCUUAAUUCGUCUUUCCAGACUUUGUUGGCCUUGCCUGCAGUCGGCCAUGGCGCAGCGAGCAAUUAUAGGCAACUAAUUAAUCACGUAUGCAGCCAUUUGAAGGCCUUAGAAGCUCUCAAACCUGAUGUUCCACUUCAUGAAGUUAUUCUUUCGGAAGAGAUUCUGUCCAGUAUGCGACCCACAGAUCGUCAUGAGUGGGAGGUAAAGAUGUCUGGGUCAACAUUCACCACAUUAAAUCAACUAAUAGAUUUUUUGGAAACAAAAUGUCAGGCCCUUGAGUUGAUCAGGUUCAGGGAUAACACCACAAGGGAUUCGCAAGGAAAUGCCAACAAUUUAAAUCAAACAAGACAUGUGAGGAGGGCUCAUCUCGCUAAUGCUGAUGCUGAGGAAUCAUGUAAUUUUUGUAGUGAAUCUCAUACUAUCACUAAAUGCAAAAGGUUUCAGGCACUAAAUGUCGAUGAGCGGCGGGCAUAUGUGACAAAAAAUAAGCUUUGUUUUUUGUGCAUCCGCUCUGGUCAUUUCUCGACUAAAUGCAGGAUUUCUCCUUGUAAGACCUGUAAAGGAAGGCACAACAUACUACUCCACAAGCCUGCUGAACCGAGGAAUGGGCAGAAAAGUGAACCAGGAGGCCAUUCCUUGGCCCAUCAAGCUACGAACGGGAAGGCAAACAUCCACUGUAAUGUUUUGUUAGCAACAGCUGUUGUCAACAUUAAAGACAGCAUGGGUAGACAGCAGGUUUGCAGAGUUCUGCUAGAUAGUGCGAGUCAGCUAUCCUUUAUGUCUAAGGGCAUGGCAGAGAAAUUAAAACUGAAACGAAGUAAACAUUCGUUUCCUGUGAAGGGUAUAAACAAUGCCUUUGCAGCCUCAAUGUCUUACACUUGUGAUGUUGAACUGUCGUCUAGGCUCAACGACUUUCAUAUCAGAACCACUUGUGCUAUCGUAGAUCAUGUCACCAGUGACCUACCGACGAGCAAGAUAGACACAAGGUCCUGGAGUGUCUCACGUAAUCUUCCGCUCGCUGAUCCAGAAUUCAACAAGCCUGCAACAGUAGAUUUAAUUCUUGGUGCUGAGGUUUUCUUUGACGUUGUUUGUAAGGAAAGGCUGGUGAAACCAAGUCAUCCUUCACUGGUAGAAACAAGAUUUGGCUGGAUUUUGUCUGGUAGGAUGCCUUCAGCAGCAUGCAACAUGCCUCGUUCUACAGUGACCUCGUGCUUUGUUAGAGGUGACAAUUUAGAUGCCAAACUGCAAAGGUUUUGGGAGUUAAUGUCUACGAAAACGGCGAGUAGGCAGGAUAAAAUAUGUAAGGCUCACUUUCAGCGCCACAGCGCACGAGAUGAAGAAGGGAGAUUUCUGGUUCGACUACCAGUGAAACCUGACUCUAAAUCAUUAGGCGAAUCACGACAACAAGCAUCUCAGAGACUGGCACAUCUUGAGAGGAGGUUUAAAAGGCAACCGAAUCUGCAGAAGGGAUAUGCUGCGUUCAUGCAUGAAUAUGGUAAUGAGAUCGCUUUGUUGAUGGCCAGUUCCUCUAUUCCACAUAAUAGCAAAUUAAGGGAUUUGCACCCGUUUGUUGAUGCCGAAGGUAUUCUACGAGUGGGAGGGAGAUUAAUGAAUGCUAGUGUACCAUAUAAUGAGCGCCAUCCUAUUAUCGUACCACCUAUGCAUCAUUUGACAAAACUCUCAUAA